GGUAAAGCCCCGUCUAGUUACGUCAUUGCGCCGGAAGUCUUCUGCUCGGUGGACCUCGGUGGCGUAGCUCCGCAUACAAAGGGAAGCUAGACCCUCUUUCUUAUUUGUCGGCCGGGCGGAGAGCUCGGGCCCGGGGUAUGAUCCCGCUGUCUACUCGGGCCUCCGCCGGGCGGAAAUGAAGCCAAGAUGUCGGUGUCUGGGCUGAAGGCCGAGCUGCGACUCCUCGAGUCCAUUUUCGGGAAGGAGCACGAAAGGUUCCGGAUCAUCAGCUGGAGGCUGGACGAGCUGCACUGUGUUUUUAUUCAGAGUACUGGUGGAGCCCUCACUAUCCACUGCAACAUCACGGAAUCCUACCCCUCCUCAGCACCAAUAUGGUUUGUAGAAUCAGAUGACCCAAACCUAACCUCUGUUUUGGAGCGCUUGGAGGACAUUAAGAAAAGCAAUACUUUGCUUCUUCAGCAGUUGAAGCGAUUGAUUUGUGACCUGUGCAGAUUGUACAAUUUACCACAGCAUCCUGAUGUGGAAAUGCUGGACCAGCCUCUCCCCACUGGACAGAAUGGAACUACAGAGGAAGUCACCUCUGAAGAGGAGGAGGAGGAAGACAUGGGCGAGGAUGUAGAAGAUUUGGAUCAUUAUGACAUGAAGGAGGAAGAGCCAGUUGAUGGCAAGAAAUCAGAAGAUGAAGGCAUUGAAAAAGAGAAUCUAGCUGUUUUGGAGAAAAUCAGAAAGAAUCAAAGGCAAGAUCAUCUGAAUGGUGCGGUUUCUGGAUCAGUCCAAGCCUCCGAUCGUCUCAUGAAAGAGCUCAGGGAUAUAUACAGGUCACAGAGUUAUAAAACGGGAAUUUAUUCAGUGGAGCUUGUAAAUGACAGUUUGUACGAAUGGCAUGUUAGGCUUCUUAGGGUUGACCCAGAUAGCCCACUCCACAGUGACCUUUUGGUCUUAAAAGAAAAGGAAGGCGUAGAGUGUAUAUUACUCAACUUUUCCUUUAAGGAUAACUUUCCGUUUGACCCUCCAUUUGUUAGAGUCGUCUCUCCAGUACUCUCUGGCGGGUAUGUGCUGGGAGGUGGAGCUCUCUGCAUGGAGCUGUUAACUAAACAGGGCUGGAGCAGUGCCUAUUCAAUAGAGUCUGUAAUUAUGCAGAUUAACGCUACCCUAGUGAAGGGCAAGGCACGUGUGCAGUUUGGCGCAAACAAGAAUCAGUAUAAUCUUGCUCGAGCACAGCAAUCCUACAAAUCACUAGUACAGAUCCAUGAGAAGAAUGGCUGGUACACUCCUCCUAAAGAAGAUGGUUAAUUUGAACAUUUCUUGGACCAGAACAAACUUUUUUUCUAUUUCUUUCCAAAACAGAUCCCAUUGCCCUUUUUGGUCCUCUGUACAGCAUAUGUUAGUUAAUAGAUAUUUAAGAGGAACUAUCAGACCUGUAUAUUAUACCAUGUCUGCUUCUCUUGAAAUGAGAACCAGCUGCCUUUACUGAUGAGAGGCCACUCCAAAUAUUUUAAUGUUCUAUUUAAAUCAAAAGUAUAGCUUAGCUACAUCCAUUCCACUUUUAUUAAACUAUUGUAAAUUGCUUUCACUUUUUUCUCUUUUUUUUUUUUCCCCCCCCCCGCAGGAUUUAUUCUGCGAGAAUUGUUUUUGCUUUGUAUAGUUUCAUUUAAAGCCAAACAAAAGUUUGAUACUGUUUAAUAACACUGUUUAAGAAUGCCGUUUUAAAAAUGGAUAUAAGUAGGUACAUUUUUGCUUUCUGCUAAGAAUUCUAAAAAGAAAAAAAAAACCCUCAAGACCCUCAUUUUGUAGCAUUGCCAAAUUUGAUGGAUGCCGACGAAGAGAUGCAUAGUGAAUGAAGCCAUGAAAUAACGCUUGACAUGUACCAAUAUUCUAUUUUGGGGUUUUCACAAUAAUUUUCUCUUUUUUUUUUUUUUUUCAUCUUCUGUUAGCUUGUGUUGUUCAAAACGGACAUACCGGAAUAAAUGGCAGAGUUUUCUAUAUUUUCCAUCUAUAAAAUCCGCAUAGUGCGCCAUUUCAUAGUAAACAUUUUGCAUUUUGAUUUGGGUUUUGGCACAAUUUAUUAAAAGGGGUUUUUUCUAUAUUUUUCCUAUUCCCCAAAUAUUGCCUUAAAUCUUAACUUUGCCCUAAUCAAAAAGGAGGUUAUGACCAUAGAUAGCACUUUUUGUAAAUCCAGCUGUUUAGGUUGUUUGUGUCAUUAGAUGAGCCAUCUUUAGAGCAGUUCAUUACGCUGCUCAAACUAGAGUGGAUUUAUUUUUUUGUAUUCUUCCACCCUAAUGAGUUUUUAGUUCUGUCUCAUGGUGGGUUCCACUUCAAUUAUUUAAUGUGCAAUUGUUGCUCUACCCCUAAUGUGACUGUUCCAUAGAGGAUUUUGCCGUUUUGUUGGAUAUACUGAAAUAAUUGACUUACAAUCAGGUCUUCAAAUAGUGUACUGUAUGCACAUUUAUUUCAUUCAAUUACCCAAUCAUUUUUGUAGAGCUGUGACUAAAUCCAAUAUAUAGAUUAUAAACUUCAAGAACAUUGUGCAUACAAAUAACCAUUUCAGUUAUGCAGUACAUCAAAUAUGUUAUUUGUCCCAGAAAACGUAUUCAUUGUUUGCCUUAAUCCCUAAUAGUGAGGAAAUAAAAAUGAUCAGACUUUGGGGAACUUUUCUUUGGCCAAACAUUAUUGGCCAAAAGUUUCCAGCCAUAAAAGGCCCGUUCCUGCAUUUGAUUGCAUUUCAUUCAUUGACAAUGUAAUGAGCCUAGGGGCUGCAACCCUCACUGUGCUGCUGUGCCUGGUUGCUCUGUAGAACAACUCUUUAGUAAACCCAUAAGCACAGCAAGUUUUAUUUAAUGAUGUCAACAUCUCUAAAGCCAAUUGUUAGUCUGCAGACAGAACGUUAUAAGGGCCACUUUUUGAACAAGAUUGUGAAAGUUGUGGGAAGUACUGCAUGCUGUAAAUUGAUCUCCAUGCCAUCCACUUGGUUUGCUGUCUGUUGUCAGGGUUGACCAUAGCCCUUUAUGUAACUGAUAACUCAUGCUGUCUAGUGUAAAGUUAAAGCCAACUGACAGAUUAAAAGGGCAAUUCUUUUGUAUUCAAUGCAAGUUUUUAAAUGUUUCACUAGUAUAUUGUGCAAAACCUGAUGUAAUGUCCUUGUUCUCUCCAUUUUUCUUAAUAUCACCGUAGGAAUUCCUGCACAGGUAUAUUGUCACAUGUAAUUCAUAUUAUCGUUUUAACCAAUAAUCUUGAAAUAUCGGACCAGAAUUCUGAACUACCAAUAUAUUAAGUGACCUCAAAUGAAUAAUAUAAUACUGGUUAAGAGAGAAAUGAAAGUAUGUUUCUCACUUUACAGGUGCACCUGUCCUUCCACGAUAAACACAGACGUGGUUGCUGUUUUGAUGAUAGAAGCAACGUUUGACCUUUAAUCUAGACUUUGAACCAGUUUCCCUCUGUUUUCAUGUUGUAGCGCCCCCCCCCAUAAAAUAGAAUUAUCAAGUACAGUGUUUAACCAUGUUACACUUAUUGCUUUUCUCUUUCCAGCAAUUCAGUGAUUCUUUUUUUAUAUUCUGCAUUAACCCAUAAAUUGUUCUGCAUUCCUCUUUUCACUGAAAGUAAAGGGGUUCUUCAGUGAUGAAUUAAAUAUGUUGCCCAACAUUAAGUACAUUACUGCCCUGUGGAUAUUCAUUUUCUAGCUUGAAUUUAAAGCCUUAGGCCUGUGGUCAUUGCUCUCAGAGAAACAGUGGUGAUCAAAACACCCUUUGCUGCCUGUCAAUGUUUUAAUAAAAAGAAUGGGAAAUGCUCUGCCUAUGGCAGUUGCUGGCAGUGAAGGGUAGCUACUGCUCAGGAAUACUCACAUUGUACCUGACUAGCGCACUGUGAAGGGCAUGUAGACUGCCAUGUUUAUCUGAGAGCAGAUGUCAUAGCCCUUUAAACCUGAAAUAUAUUUUAGUAUGUUUUCAUUUUAAUUCAGAAGGGGACUCUCUAACAAAAGUUUAUAAAACCUUCAUUCUGUGUCAUCACACAAUGACUUGCGCACGCAUACACACACACGUAUGUAUAUUUAUAUGUAUAUAUUUGUGUGUGUUUUACGGUCUUCAUUUUUUUCUUCUUCAGAUAAGCCUUUCCUUAGUUUUGGGGCAUUUCUCCUAUGGCUUAAAUCUGAAUGUUAUGGAUAUUUUAUUGGUUGGAAAGUUGCUGAUUGGCAUGCUUUUUGUUUUGAUUUUUUUUUUCCUUCCAUUGCAGACUUGUUUGGCAAUGUACAGUAAUCUGUAAACUUGCAUCAAGUUUAUGAUUAAAGAACCAUUUUAAGAAAUAA